GCGGAGCUCCAGGCGCGGUGCUCUUUGCUGUUUGUUCCGGGUCCUGACUGCUUGCUUGGAGCUCGCCAAGGAAAGUGUGGACUGGACACCGACACGAUCGACGAUUCCCAUCGAGUAAACACACAGCUGACGGGUACCCACACACUCCCCACUAUGACCCACACUGAGGGCAAGUUUGACUUUGCCAUCGACCGAGGAGGAACUUUCACCGAUGUCUUCGCCCGGCUACCCGAUGGAAGGGAGAGGGUUCUCAAACUGCUGUCCCGUGACCCCCAGAACUACAAGGACGCCCCCACAGAGGGGAUCCGCAGAGUCUUGGAAGAGGAAACGGGACGCUCCUUCCCUCGCGACGAGCCCGUGGACACGUCUCUGAUCGGCUGGAUCCGAAUGGGCACCACGGUGGCCACCAAUGCCCUGCUGGAGAGGGAGGGGGAGAGGACGGCUCUGCUGGUCACCAAGGGAUUCAAAGACCUGCUCCACAUUGGAACGCAGGCCAGGCCUAAGCUCUUUGACUUGGAGGUAUCGGUGCCUGAAGUGCUGUACGAGGAGGUUAUCGAAGUGGACGAGCGAGUCGUACUCAGGCAAGAUGGCUGCCAGUUGCCGAGGAAGGAUACCAAGCGUGUUGUGACAGGCAGCACCGGGGAUAGUCUGGAGGUGUGGCGGGAGCUGGAUCUGGAUGGUGUGGAGGAGGACCUGAGAGGCGUUCUUUCCCGUGGCAUUACCAGUCUGGCCGUGCUUCUGCUUCACUCCUACACGUGGUCCGACCAUGAGAAGGCAGUGGGAGCCCUGGCCCGUCAGCUGGGCUUCACCCAGGUCUCCCUGUCCUCUGAGGUCAUGCCCAUGGUGAGGGCGGUCCCUCGAGGUUACACCGUGUGCGCCGACGCCUACCUCACACCCAAAAUCCGGGACUAUCUGAAAGGUUUCACCUCUGGGUUCAAGGGUGCUUUGAAGGAUGUGGACGUCCUGUUCAUGCAGUCAGACGGCGGUCUGACUCCCAUGCAGCAGUUUUGCGGCUCACGCGCCGUUCUCUCCGGCCCAGCGGGAGGAGUCGUGGGUUACGCCGUCACCUCCUACAAGCAGAUGGAGGAGAGGCCUGUGAUUGGCUUUGACAUGGGUGGGACGUCCACUGAUGUGAGCCGCUACGCCGGCCAGUACGAGCACGUGUUUGAAGCCACCACAGCUGGAGUCACGCUGCAGGCACCUCAGCUCGAUAUCAACACCGUAGCGGCAGGCGGGGGCUCGCGACUUUUCUUCCGAUCUGGGAUGUUCGUAGUUGGACCAGAGUCUGCUGGGGCGCAUCCAGGACCGGCCUGCUAUAGAAAAGGUGGUCCUCUGACCGUGACGGAUGCUAACUUGGCUUUGGGCCGCCUCCUGCCGUCCUUCUUCCCCAAGAUCUUUGGACCUGGAGAGAACGAACCGCUGGCCUUGGAGGAGAGCAUGAAGCAAUUCCGUCACCUGACCCAUGACAUCAACAACUUCCUGUCCUCCAACCAAUCACAAGCUGAUGCAAACGGCGCUAACCACAGCCACAACAGCCAAUCAGAGAUGACUUUGGAGGAAGUGGCCAUGGGAUUCAUCCGCGUGGCAAACGAGGCCAUGUGUCGACCAAUCAGAGCACUGACGCAGGCAAAGGGCCAUGACACAUCCCAACAUGUGUUGGCGUGUUUCGGGGGGGCCGGAGGCCAGCAUGCCUGUGCAAUCGCCCGAGCGCUCGGGAUGAAGACCGUCUUCAUACAUAAGUACAGUGGCGUGCUGUCUGCCUAUGGUUUGGCUCUAGCAGACGUAGUGGAGGAAGUACAGGAGCCGUGCUCGCUGCAGUAUGAGAAGAACUCUUUCGGCGAGCUGGACCGCAGGGUGGAUACGCUGUCCAAACGCUGCCGCGACACGCUGCAUGCACGCGGAUUCAACAGUGGCCAAAUAACCACAGAAGUGUUUCUCCACCUGCGCUACGACGGCACAGACUGCGCUCUCAUGGUGACGGCUAACGGUUACCCCGGAAACGAGCACACGUGCCGAGCUGGCGACUUCCGCAGUGCUUUCACAAAAAGGUAUCUGAAGGAGUUCGGAUUCACCAUCCCAGACCGACCCAUCAUGGUCGAUGACGUCAGAGUGAGGGGUUGUGGGAAAUCUGGAAUCAAAUCCACCUACAAACCAAUAAAGGGACGCAGUCAAGCCAAACCCGUCACGAUGACAAAGUGCUAUUUCGAGGGUGGUUACCAUGACACCGCUGUGUAUCUGUGGGAGGAGCUUCCUUGUGGUCACAGCAUCCCGGGACCGGCGCUCAUCAUUGACAAGAACAGCACCAUCCUGGUGGAGCCCUGCUGUGACGCUCGCCUGACAGAAGGGGGCGACGUAUGUGUGACGGUGGGCUCGGACCCUCACUGUGCUGUGGGAGCGGAGCUCAACACCGUGCAGCUCUCCAUUUUCUCGCACCGCUUCAUGAGCAUCGCAGAACAGAUGGGCAGAGUUCUCCAAAGAACAUCCAUCUCCACUAACAUCAAGGAGCGUCUGGAUUUCUCCUGUGCUGUAUUUGGACCAGAUGGUGGUCUGGUGUCUAACGCACCACACAUCCCGGUCCACUUGGGUGCCAUGCAGGAAACCGUCCAGUUCCAGAUCAGAUCACUGGAGGGGAAUCUCCAAGAAGGGGAUGUGAUUCUGAGCAACCACCCCUGUGCCGGCGGAAGCCACCUCCCUGACCUCACGGUCAUCACACCAGUGUUUAGAAAAGGCGUAAAGGGGCCGGUGUUCUUUGUAGCCAGCAGGGGGCACCAUGCGGACAUCGGGGGCAUCACUCCUGGAUCCAUGCCUCCGCACUCCACCUCUCUGCAGCAGGAGGGCGCCGUCUUUAUUUCCUUCAAGCUGGUCACAGGCGGUGUCUUCCAAGAAAAGGCUGUAACAGACGCCCUGAUGGCUCCGGCUCAAUACCCUGACUCUUCCGGGACUCGGAAUCUCCACGACAACUUGUCGGACCUACGGGCGCAGGUGGCAGCCAAUCAGAGGGGCAGCCAACUAGUGGGGGAGUUGAUUGACUGCUACGGGCUCGCCGUGGUCCAGGCCUACAUGGGCUACAUCCAGAGCAAUGCAGAGCUGGCAGUGAGGGACAUGCUGAGGGACUUUGCUCGUCGUCGACGGCAACAGACCGGCUCCUUGGAGGUGGAGUCGGAGGAUUUCAUGGAUGAUGGAACGCCGAUCCGACUGCGGGUUCAGAUUAACGAGGAAAAGGGCACCGCACUUUUUGAUUUUACCGGGACAGGCACCGAAGUUUGGGGAAACUGCAACGCGCCACGAGCAAUCACACUCUCCGCACUCAUUUACUGCCUACGCUGCAUGGUGGGACAGGAUAUCCCCCUCAAUCAGGGCUGCCUCGCGCCAAUCAACGUCAUCAUCCCGCCAGGUUCCAUCCUCCAACCGUCCCAGAAUGCAGCCGUGGUUGGCGGCAAUGUACUCACAUCCCAGAGAGUCGUUGACGUCAUUUUUAAGGCGUUUGAAGUCUGCGCUGCCUCUCAGGGCUGCAUGAACAAUGUUUCAUUCGGGAGCGAGAAGGUUGGGUACUAUGAGACGGUCGCCGGUGGUGCUGGGGCGGGGCCAGGCUGGAGUGGGAGAAGUGGCGUUCACAGUCACAUGACCAACACUCGUAUCACUGACCCUGAGAUUCUGGAGAAGAGAUACCCGGUGAUUCUGGAGCAGUUCUCCUUGCGACCCGCUUCAGGAGGUGCGGGGAAAUACCGCGGAGGAGACGGCGUCAUUCGGAAGCUUUUAUUCCGGGACGAAGUCGUUCUUUCUGUGCUGAGUGAGAGGCGAACCACGCGUCCUUACGGCCUUAACGGGGGUGAAGACGGUGCCGCGGGUUUGAACCAGCUUCACAGAGCUGACGGCAGAAUCCUCAAUCUGGGUGCCAAGACCAGCGUCAGCCUUCAAGCGGGGGACAUGUUCUGCCUCUACACCCCAGGAGGAGGGGGAUACGGGAAUGAGGAGGAAGCAAACGGAAUACCGCAGAAGAAACGCAGGGGCUUGAACGAGACUUUCCCAGAGAGAGGCAGCGUCUUCGAGUACCGUAUGGCGCAGGAAGGGGUGUGACCGCGCGGCAGUGGAGUGGAGGUGGAAUUUAUAGAAAUUAAUGGUGGACUUUGAUAUCACGAUGCUAAUUUGGAUCAGCCCCAAAUUACGCACUGCCUCAAUUUUAUUAUUGUAAUAAAAUUGGAAAACAUUUUAGCUUCAAUUGACACCAAAUUGAGUCAAUUU